CUCAGAGUUUGUCAGAAGGCGGACCUGACAGGGUCACACACAGGACCAAGCAGGAGCAGCAGGACCUCAGCUUUUUCACCUUUUAUUACAAAUGGAGAAACAUGAAGAUAUUAAAUACUGUUUUCAAGACGGAAACUCCUCUUGCAGAAAGGCUUUGCUAUCGACAUCUAUCUACAUAACACUGUACAUCUUCUUCUCAUUGAUUUCAGCAGUUACAGUAUUUUUGAACGUACUGGUGAUCAUCUCCAUCUCUCACUUCAAGCAGCUCCACACUCCAACCAACCUGCUCAUCCUCUCUCUGGCUGUGUCAGAUCUCCUGGUGGGACUGAUUGUGAUACCAGUAAUGAUUGUAGCAAUAAUGGAAUCAUGCUGGGGUUUUGGGGAAUAUUUCUGUGCGUUUCAUUUCUACAUGACUUUUUUAUGUACUUCUUUAUCGCUUGGCAAUUUGGUCUUGAUAUCUAUUGACCGCUAUGUUGCUGUGUGUGAUCCCUUAUUGUACCACUCUAAAAUAACAACAACUAGAAUGAUGUGUUGUAUAUCCAUUACCUGGUGUUGUUGUAUCAUAUACGAUGCUGGUAUUAUAAAAAAAGUUGUAAAUAUGCAGGUACUGCGUAGGUGUUUGACAGAAUGUUUUAUUGUUGAAGGAAUAACCUGGGUUAAUAUAAUUGACUUUGUAUUUACAAUGGUUGUCCCGUGCUCUAUUAUUAUAACACUUUAUAUGAAAAUCUUUGUUGUGGCCAGAUUACAGGCCAGAAAGGUAUAUUCAAAAGAGGCUGCCAGGGUGUCUGGUGUUAAAACUGUACAGGCAAGUAAGUCAGAGAGAAAAGCAGCAAAAACUCUAGCUAUUGUUGUUGUCAACUAUUUAAUUUGUUGGAUUCCAUCUCUAUUUAUUUUCUAUUUUUUUUCUAUUUUAUUUGACAAUGUAUUAUCAUUAUUCAUCACUUUUCUGCCACUUGUUAAUUCCUUAAUUAAUCCAAUAAUUUAUGCUUUCUUUUAUCCAUGGUUCAAAGUGACAGCUAAACGUAUUUUAAAUCUGAAAUGAAGGUGUUCAUAGUUCCUAUAAUUGUAUUCCCUCGGUAGGCCAACAUAGGUUUGAUAUAGUUUUGUAAUACAAUUGUUGUAAUUAUUUAUUACAUGAAACAAUACACUGACAUUACUUAUCUCAGUGUUGUCAUCAUAGAUACAUGUGGUGUAGAUACAUUAUGAUUUGUCUGAAUUGGAAUGGAAUGACUUGGAGGAGGCAUGAGAAGGCAUAAGGUUGUUUUAUAAAAUACAUUGUAGUCAUUGUGGAUUGUGUACUCCAAAUACCUAAAGCUGUGGUUGUUCCAUGUUAAUGAUAAAUAGUACGUAAGUGUUCUUAUACAACA